AUGGGGAUUCUGAGCCAGCUAUCAAUCAUUCACCUCCUCUGGGCUGCUAUGGUCUUUUGUCAAUACGAAGACUAUGAUUUUGAGGAUGAAUAUGAUGAGGAGCCAGAUCAUCAACAGCCGUAUUAUAUUAAUCCAAAUACACAAGCUGAAGUUCCCCGCUUUCCUUUUCCAGUUGAGUGCGCCAGAGAAUGCUUUUGUCCACCAGCUUUUCCGUUAUCAAUGUACUGCGAUCAUCGUAAACUUAAGACAAUACCAAAUAUCCCUAGUCACGUCCAACAACUUUAUCUGCAAAAUAAUGAUAUUGAAGCUGUGCCUGCAGGACCAUUCACUAAUGCUACCUUCUUAAGAGAAAUUAACCUCAGCCACAACAAAAUUAAAUUUCAUAUGAUUGACCAUGGUGUUUUUGCCAAACUUUCAAACUUAGUGCAACUUCAUUUACAACAUAAUGAAUUAGAAGAAUUUCCAUUCUCACUCCCCAGCUCUCUAGAGAGACUCCUCCUUGGUUUCAAUAAGAUUUCUCAGUUAUCUGGAAAUGCAUUGGAAGGAUUACCUAACAUAACCAUGCUUGACCUUUGCAAUAACUUUCUUGACGACUCAGUACUCAAAGGAAAACCCUUUUCAAACAUGAAAAAUUUAAUGCAGCUCAAUUUAUGCAACAACAAAUUACAGACUAUGCCUCCUGAUCUACCAUCGUCACUUAUGUAUCUCUCUCUUGAAAAUAACUCCGUUUCUUAUAUUCCAGAAAACUAUUUCAACAGACUUCCAAAAAUCACUGCUCUAAGAAUGUCCCACAAUAACCUGCAGAACAUUCCACGCAACACCUUUAAUCUACCUAACCUUCUAGAACUUAAUCUUGGACAUAACAAAUUGAAACAAGUAUUCUAUAUUCCAAGAAGUUUGCAGCAUUUGUAUAUUGAAGACAACGACAUUGAAAUCAUAAAUGUUACUUUGAUGUGUCCAUCUAUUGAUCCGUUGAACACCAACCAAUUAACCUAUAUACGGGUGGACCAAAAUAAGCUUACGAUUCCAAUAAGCCACUAUGCAUUCUUUUGCUUCCCUCACAUUCAAGCCAUUUAUUAUGGUGAACAAAAUGUUAAUGUCAACAAGUCAACUCAGCUAAGAAUACCAGUGUUUCGACGAUUUUUAACAGCAGAAGAAUACGAUGAAGCAGAAGACGAUCACGAAACACAUGAUCAUGAAACUGAAGAAGAUCGUGAAGCAGAAGACAACUACUUCCAUCCUUACUUUCAGUGA